AUGCAGUCUGCCCCAUCCUUUCCCGCGUCACCUUCAUCCGGUCCCCGAAAACGCUCGAUUCAAGAGGUUGAUGAUGCCAGCAUACCCUCGCCAAAUGCGAAGCGAGCAUUGACCGAGUUCGCCGACGAAAACCAAGAAAAUCACGACCCAUCUAUCCCCCCUCCCCAAACUGACGGCAUUACUUCCCCGCCAGUUGAAAUCAAACGGACUCUUCCACCUCCCCCCUCAGUCGAAAUCGUGAUGAGGAAGACACGUAAACAAAAUGAAGACGGUCCUGGUGCCGGGGGACUCACAUCCCCAGGCACCAACGCUGCCUCUAAUCCUGAGCCUGAUACCCCGGCCUCUAAGAAACGCAAGGUAGUCUCUGCUGGCACAGAUUCCAAGCAACAAGAAAAAGAAUCCAAAGAGCGCCAGAAGGCCGAGGAGAAGGCAAAAAGGGAGGAAGAGAAGGUGAAGAAAGAGGAGGAGAAGGCUAAGCGAGAAGAAGAGAGACGCCUCAAGGCAGAAGAGAAAAAGAAGCGUGACGCUGAGCGCGACGAGGAGAAACGACACAAGGAAGAAGAAAAGCGAAAGAAAGAUGCUCAACGUGAAGAGGAACGCAAGCAGCGUGACGAAAAGAAGAAAGCAAAGGAAGAUGAAAAGGCAGCCAAGGAAGAAGAGAAGCGCAAAAAGGACGAGGAGAAGGAGAAGAAGACCAGAUCACAAUUGAAAUUGAACUCUUUCUUUGCCAAACCACCGAUCCCUGCCGCUUCAUCGGGACAGGUGAUCACCGCUCCUUCGCCUAAGAAGCCAUCUACUACAGCCGAUCCCUCCCGCGAAACUCGUGGCGUGCAAUCAGACUAUGAGCGAGAGUUUCCUGCUUUCUUUUUACAAUCUCAUACCGUUGUGGCACCUCCUCAUCGGUUUGAGCGUGACCCCGAAGCCCUCGAGCACGCCACAGGAACUUCUUCGCCAGGUCACGAUGAAGUCUCUCAAGUUUGGCGAAGACAUUCGCCCCCCUAUCAGGGAACUUAUACCCGUCGCGUGUCCGAGCUAUCCACGCGAAGACUUGCGCGAAAUCCGUAUCAUCGAGGGCUACCCGAUACCGAUUAUGAUUAUGAUUCCGAGGCUGAAUGGGAGGAACCCGAAGAGGGUGAAGAGCUGGACUCCGAAGAAGAAGAUGAGGGCAGUGAUGAGGGCGAAGAUGAUCUCGAGGGUUUCCUAGACGACGAGGAUGAUGCCCUCGCCGAGGGCAAACGGCGUCUCAUUGUAGGUGAUUUAGAGCCUGUCUCUACUGGAAUUAAGUGGGAAUCCAAUGGAGUCGAGCCUGAAAUGGAGGCCUAUCGGAUGGAGACUAUAUCCGAUGCGGUCAAGUUCCCCAUCGACCCUUUCUCGACUGCAUACUGGGACAAACCCAAGCCCGUGGAUCAAGUACCUCCGAAAGCGCGACCUGCGACAGCCAUAGACGGAUUCCUUGUUCCUGCAGUCCCUGGAACAUCGGCGGGCAGUGCUUUACCUCCUACAUCGAAAGCGAAACGGCCGUUCCCGCCAGACCAACUCGCUGAUUUCAAGGAAGCAGUUGAAGGCAGUGAUCUCAGUAAGAUAGGGUUGGUCGAGAUCUUGAAGAAACGAUUCCCCAAGGUGUCCAAGGAUACACUCAAAGCCACCCUUGAUCAGGUUGCUGCUCGUGUCGGGCAAAAAGAAGUUGACAAGAAAUGGGUUUGUCGGUGA